CAUCGUGGUGUUGGUGAAAGCAACUGUAAUUAGACGUUAGGUGGGUUGAAUUUAUAAAAUUGCCAAUGUAAUGGCUAGAGACCCUCUCCGUUUUUUCGCUGUUUUUUACUCAUCGUAGCCAUUGGUUCAUUUCUGUGUGUUUGCGAACGAAAGACAGUAGAUAAUAGCGAUCGAGGAAUAUGACAGUUACUCGUUCUUUCGAAUCCAAUGUGGUUUACAGAUUACGGAAGCCGGUUGUUAUUGCUUUUCUUGAGUGAUUAUUUGAGAGUGAUGCGUUGGUCCGGAACCGUAGACGCAAAGCCUUACCGUAAUUUUUGUUUAGUAGUAGUAAUUUAGUUUUCGACUGUAGGUUAUUGACAGCUCCUUGGGUACACUUCCGUAAUUACCUAUGUAAUAUUCUGGUUGGUAUGGGAUUGGUAGUUACGAAUAUGGAGAAAAAAACAGUUUUCUGAUUUCCUGCCGUGCUUCGUGUUCCGAUUUCGACCAGUACCUCAAGAUCCGUUUAGUUCGUCGCAUGCCCUCUUUUGGUUUAUAUUUCUCCGUUUAAACAGAUAUACAAUUUUUUAGUGCACAUAAUCCGAACAGUUUUCCAUAGACCACAUGAACAACUGCAGAAAUGGUUUUUUAAUGGAUUCCACGAGAGAUGGCUGUCAAUGUGUACUCGACUAACGUAACAGCAGACAACUUAAGUCGACAUGAUAUGUUGGCUUGGGUAAAUGACUGCUUGGCGUCGAGUUUUACGAAAAUUGAAGAAUUAUGUACCGGCGCUGCCUAUUGUCAGUUCAUGGAUAUGCUAUUCCCAGGAAGUGUUAUUAUGAAAAGAAUAAAAUUCAAGACGAAUCUAGAACAUGAAUAUAUCCAGAACUUCAAAAUUUUGCAGGCUGCCUUUAAAAAGAUGGGAGUUGAUAAGAUUGUUCCUAUUGAUAAACUUAUUAAGGGCCGUUUUCAAGAUAAUUUUGAGUUUCUUCAGUGGUUUAAAAAGUUUUUUGAUGCAAAUUAUGCGGGGCAAGAAUAUGAUGCCUUUAGUGCCAGGGGAGGUGAAGCUAUGGGCAGUGGAGGUAGUAAUGCUCCACGGGGUAUAGGUGUGUCAACAACGAAAAAGGCUCCUCAGGUUCAGGUGGCUGCAGUCGCACCUUCAACACGCACAGCAACUAAAGUUGCAACAAGAGUACAGCCUAGGCCAGCACCAAACAGGCAGUCUGCAUCACAAGUACCAAAUCAAAAACAAGAUAACAGUCGAAUUGAGGAGCUGAGUACACAGUUGAUGGAAAUGAAACUGACAGUAGAUGGUCUGGAGAAGGAGCGAGAUUUUUACUUUGGCAAACUUAGAGAGAUUGAAGUAAUGUGCCAAGAAAAUGAUAAUGAACAAAACCCUAUAAUUCAAAAAAUACUGGAUAUAUUGUAUGCAACAGAGGAAGGCUUUGCAGCCCCAGAUGAAGUGGAUGGUCAGUUAACUAAUGACCAAAUUGAAGAGGAAUAUUGAAAAAUUUGCAGAAAAAAGAAUGUGAUGAUUAAGGGCUUCAGUAAUUUUUGUGCUAAGUGUCUUGUUUUUUUUUAUACGUGUAUAACUCAGAAUUUUAAAUUAUCCCAGUAAUAAACAUAACACACUAGGUCAAAGCUUUUAAGGGCCCAAGUUUUUUAAUUGCCAUUUUUUGUGAAUUUCAAAAUUGGUGAAAGCAGUUUAUAUUUUAAAGUUGUCACACAGGCAUUGUAUAGAAACCGUAAUUUACUCAUUUCUAGUUGAAUGUAUAUAGUUUAUGGUACGUUUACUUCAAAUGAUUAGUAUUUUAUGAACAGCACACUUCAACAAAAAAGAAAAUAUUUUUUAAGUAUUUUGUGUGUUUACACUUUGUCAAGCAUUUUGUUCAUUGUAAUAAUUGUUGAUGUUUCAAAUGUAUGAGCAGUAGCUGCUCAGCCUCUUGGAGGAGUUUGUUACAGUGUGAGUGCUUUACUGCAUUGUGAAGGACACUUGCGAUGCUUUCUCUUGUCUUCAGAAUUACUGAAGACAUUACUGUAGGCAUUGUUUGCACCAUGAUUUGCUGCUGUCAGGAGAGGUGCUUCAUGUUGUACUGCUGCCGCCAUCAUGUGCAAUUGAUCUGCAGUGGAAUAUUAAUAAUAUACUAUUUGUUGUGUAUUUUGAGCCAUUGAGGUGACUGCAGUGAACUUCAAAACCUCAAUAUAUACUUUGCUCAUCUCGACUAACUAGAAAAUAUUUAUAUUUGUUUUAGUGUUUUUUCUUUAGUAUCCUCUAAACCCAGUAAAUCUUCAGUUAAUGUAUGAUUUGCAUUUAAUAAAACUUCUCACAUAGA